AUGGUCGUUACAGGUACGCAACAAUGUAUGGAUGGUUUAGACGAAGAUAAUUGUGAAGAGUUAGAAUACAAUGAAUGUCAAGAGAAUGAGUAUCGUUGCAAAGACGGUUCAUGUAUUGCUGAACAAUAUUGGUUAGAUGGAGAAUUUGAUUGUUCGGAUAUGUCGGAUGAACAAAGCACCAGUGAACACAAUAUGGAUUCAGAAAGGUGUCCGCUAAGUUCUUCGCGUUUCAAUUGUGAUGAAAUCACAGCAGGUUUGGAAUAUUUUGCUUGUGGUGAUGGUCAGUUUGUAAGGACUCAUCCGAUACGAAGUGGAUUUUGCUACAACUAUAGGCAGAAACUGUUUUUUUGUGAGUAUCAAUGGCAUUCGGCUGAUCCAUCACUGUGGACACUCGCGAAUGGUCAUUGUGUUGACAAAGUUGUGAUGGAAAAAACGUUAACGGAAAUGAAUGAAUCAGAAAAAUGCGUAUUUUUUCUUAAAUGUAAACUAAUGCAUAUUACAAGUGCUGAUUGUGGACAUGCAAUUCACGAUUUUCCAACACUCUGCAAAGAUAAGAAAAUCAACUAUCCUACAGGGCCGUUCUUCAAACCCUACGGGCAAACAAUCUACCAGAUAAAUACGCCACAAUCAUCAAAUGAGCCAACUUAUUUACAUUUCGAUGGAACUAUAAAAUGUAUUGGUUAUCAAGCACUCUGGAAAAGAGAUAAAACACUUGUACGUUGGCGUGAUUUCAUAAAAUACUACCCGUUUGAUACUUUUUUCUGUCGUUUCGCUCAGCAGAUCAAUAUGUAUGGUCCACAGUUUGAUAAAAAUUGCUGGAAUAGUACGAAACAGUCAUUCCUCUGUCAGGAGAGUCAUAAAUGCAUUUCAAAAUAUCGUGUUCUAGAUAAUAUUCACGAGUGCUUCAAUUCUGAGGAUGAAAAAGACCCUCAAGGAUGUCAAGCGAAAGGAAAGCAUCAGUUAUCGUGUCUUUUUGAAAUACCAAUAUGCUUAUCAACGUUUCAAAUCGGAGAAAUGUUCCCUAAUUGCGACGACGGUAAUGAUAUAUACAUAAUACAACUUAGUCGGCUUUUAGAAGAUUUUAAAUGCAAAAUAUCGAAUUCCAUAGAAUGUCGACUUCUCAAAGAUCACAUUCAAUCGCCAUCAGUAGUUUUAACAGCUUACAGAGGAGCAACUAUAACAUUUCGUCAGUUUUGUGAUACUCUAUGGGACUUACCGAAAGGCUUCGAUGAAUCCAUGUGUAAUCAAUGGAAAUGUCCGAAAGAUCAAUUUCAGUGUUUAAGUGGUCAUUGUGUAUCGUUAUCUUCUGUAAAAAAACAGGAAUUGAACGAUUGGCAUUGUCCGGAUGCUUCAGAUAAAGCUGGUCUGUUCAGAAUCGUGAAAUUAUCGGCUCACAAUGCCAGAUUAAUUAAUAAUUACGAGUUAGAAACUAUUAAAUCCGAGCGUCUCUUGUACAAUACGUGGUUCGAUGCUUUUAAUAUAUUUUGUAAUCGUACGUUAGAAUAUCCAUGUAUUCUAGCCAAUGUCAAUGAACCAUUAAACUUCGCCGUUAAUCGACCUUGUAUCAACCUGAUACGUAUAGGCGAUGGUGUCAUUGAUUGCUACGGGGGAUUGGAUGAGCGAAAUGUAUUGAGUUGUGGCAAUAAUACCUCACAACAACGUGGCUUUGAUUUUCAUUGCAGCAAUGAACAGUGUAUACCCUAUAGUCAACAUUGUACACAACGUUGUUCAAAUAAUGCAGAUACUCUACUAUGCGAUCAACUACCAGCUUUAACCACAUUAUCGUGCCGAGAUUCACAAAAAUUGAGUUGUGAUGCUAACUUUGGUGAUGAAUGCAAACCGUCGGGGAUUGAUGAGUUUUACUGUGACAAUUCUCGAUCCAGUCGACGACGCUCUAGGCCUUAUCGACAUUCGGGAUGGCAGAAACGAGAAACAUUUGUUCAUUUAUCUGCAUAUCCUCAGUCACAAGAGAUUGUUUCACCUAACGUCGCUCAGCUACAACAACGUGAAACGAUCGAUAUCUAUUCAAACGUACUUCAAACACAACAAGAUGAUGGCGAAGAAGGAUGA